CAAGCAGGGUGGGGUGCGCAGAGGGGCAGAGGAAAGGAGAGCUUGGAGAGAAGGAGCCAAAGCAGAAGCCCACAUGGGCACAACGCAGUCAGAGCAGGUCCCAGGAGUCUGCAGAAGCAGAAGCCCCGGAGGGGAGUCCUCUGUCUUGGACUCAUUGUCGCUGCCCACCUACUGCCUGAGCUCUGGUAACCCUCGACAGCGCAGCUAAAGCCUGAGGGUCUGUGAGCGGCUCCAGGAUGCGGGCUCCAGGUGCGGGUUCGGCCUCCGUGGCCUCACUGGUGCUGCUGUGGUUGCUCGGACUGCCGUGGACCUGGAGCACAGCGGUGGCGCUCGGCGUGUACGUAGGCGGCGGCGGCUGGCGUUUCCUGCGCAUCGUCUGCAAAACCGCGAGGCGGGACCUCUUCGGCCUCAUCGUGCUGAUGCGCGUGCGCCUGGAGCUGCGGUGGCACCAGCGCGCCCGCCACACCAUCCCGCAGAUCUUCCAGGAGGUGGUACGGCGGCAGCCUGAGCACCUGGCGCUGGUGGACGCGGGUAGCGGCGCGUGCUGGACCUUCGCGCAGCUGGACGCCUACUCCAAUGCCGUGGCCAACCUAUUCUGCCAGCUGGGCUACACGCCAGGCGACGUGGUGGCCAUCUUCCUGGAGGGCCGGCCUGAGUUUGUGGGGCUGUGGCUGGGUCUGGCCAAGGCGGGCAUGGAGGCCGCGCUGCUCAACGUUAACCUGCGGCGGGAGCCCCUGGUCUUCUGCCUGGGCACCUCGGGCGCCAAGGCCCUGGUCUUCGGACGGGAGCUGGCAGCGGUGGUGGCCGAGGUGAGUGGACAGCUGGGCAAGAGCCUGGUCAAGUUCUGUUCUGGAGACUUGGGGCCCGAGGGUUUCUUGCCGGACACCCAGCUCCUGGACCCGCUGCUGAAGGAGGCCUCCACAGCCCCCCUGGCCCAGCCCCCUGGCAAGGGCAUGGAUGAUCGACUCCUCUACAUCUACACGUCAGGGACCACGGGGCUGCCCAAGGCUGCCAUCGUCGUACACAGCAGGUACUACCGCAUAGCGGCAUUUGCCCACCACUCCUACAGCAUGCAGACGGCAGAUGUGCUCUACGACUGUCUGCCCCUGUACCACUCGGCAGGGAACAUCAUUGGCGUGGGUCAGUGUCUCAUCUACGGGCUGACCGUGGUCCUCCGCAAGAAGUUUUCAGCCAGCCGCUUCUGGGAUGACUGCAUCAAGUACAACUGCACGGUGGUCCAGUACAUCGGGGAGAUCUGCCGCUACCUGCUGAAACAGCCGGUGAGCGAGGCGGAAGGGCGGCACCGCGUGCGCCUGGCGGUGGGCAACGGGCUGCGGCCAGCCAUCUGGGAGGAGUUCACGGAGCGCUUCGGCGUGCGCCAGGUCGGCGAGUUCUACGGAGCCACCGAGUGCAACUGCAGCAUCGCCAACAUGGACGGGAAGGUCGGCUCCUGUGGCUUCAACAGCCGCAUCCUGCCCAACGUGUACCCCAUCCGCCUGGUGAAGGUCAAUGAGGACACCAUGGAACUACUGCGGGAUGCCCAGGGCCUCUGCAUCCCAUGCCAGGCCGGGGAGCCCGGCCUCCUCGUGGGCCAGAUCAACCAGCAGGACCCGCUGCGUCGCUUCGAUGGCUACGUCAGCGAGAGUGCCACGAGCAGGAAGAUCGCCCACAGCGUCUUCCGCAAGGGUGACAGCGCCUACCUCUCAGGUGACGUGCUGGUGAUGGAUGAUCUGGGCUAUAUGUACUUCCGGGACCGCAGCGGGGACACCUUCCGCUGGCGUGGGGAGAACGUCUCCACCACUGAGGUGGAGGGCGUGCUGAGUCGCCUGCUGGGCCAGACAGAUGUGGCCGUGUACGGGGUGGCCGUGCCAGGGGUGGAGGGCAAAGCAGGCAUGGCGGCCAUUGCGGACCCCCACGGCCAGCUGAGCCCCAAUGCCCUGUACCAGGAGCUGCAGAAGGUGCUGGCGCCCUACGCACGGCCCAUCUUCCUGCGCCUCCUGCCCCAGGUGGACACCACAGGCACCUUCAAGAUUCAGAAGACGAGGCUGCAGCACGAGGGCUUCGACCCACGCCAGACCUCAGACCGGCUCUUCUUCCUGGACCUGAAGCAGGGCCACUACCUGCCUCUGGAUCAGGGUGUCUACACCCGCAUCUGUUCAGGCGCCUUCUCCCUCUGACGCUGUUCCUCGGCCCACCAGAGACUGCACCAGGCCCAGCAAGCAAGAGGGGCUUGAGCCAGACAGCCCUGCCCUGUCCUGGGGGCAGAGAAACUGGAUCCCGGGAGGAGCCUGUAUUCCCUGCCUUCACCCUCCUCCUCUCCCCGUCUGGUUGCCCCCUGCCUGUCCUCCACUCCUGUGUCUGUGUGUGUGUCUGUCUCCGCUCCCUGCUUCUCGGCCUCCCUGCUGUCCCUGACUGCCCUCACCUCUCUCCUCCAUCUCUCCUCCCCUGCCCUCUUCCUGCCAAAAGUAGAACAGACAUUUCCUGGGAGCUGGGGUCUGUGCGGAGGCCCAGCUGCCCUGGGGGCCUCCGCGGGUCCUCCCCACUGGGUGGUAAACCCAAGUGGGGCCUCUCCGCCUCCCUCUCAGCUGUGCCUUAACAAGGCCCACCCAGCCCAGACCUCCCUAGGCUGCUGGAUUCCAGGACGUUGUAGCCCUGCAUGAGCUCCAGGCAGGCCCUCCACUCUCCUUGCUGAACUGAGGAGCCGGGGGUGGUCCGCCUGGCCAGCCCGGGGGCAGGGGGGCCUCGGCCAGGGAUGCAGGUCAGCAGGAAGUCUCUCCCUGGCCGGGCCAAUUGCCUUUUGCCCUUCCUGUCCCUGGUGGGUCUCCCUUGCCUUGCCUGCCCUUCCUGAUACCCCAGAAACUUGUGGAACUGACUGUGACCACUUGGGUGUUUCCCCUACCCAGACAUCCCUGUUCAGGCGUCUGCACGGAGCUUCUGCUGUAGGGGCCCUGAAGAUGGCUCUGGGUGGCCCACUGCUCAGAGGCUCACCCUGGCAGAGGCCUCUUGGGGAUCCUACCUGGUGUGGCUGCUGGAGGGACCCAUGGGAGUGGCAGCAGUGGGGUUGGGGGAAGCCUCCGGGCCAGGGGUGGCAUCUGAGAUGGUCUCUUGGGCCUCAGGCGUUCCAGCCUGUUGAAUGUCCCGCUAGCCUUGCUAGUGACAGCUUGGACCCUGGGUUGGUGACAUCCCGAGACAACCCUGCCAGGAUGGCUCGGACAUCCCCAUCAGCUUCGUCAAUGGCCCAUCCCGGACACCCAUCGUUGGGGCCCGCCACCCAAACUGCCCCUCGGUCCCUCCCUCCGGCAGCACCGUCCCGCACCUAGAACAGCAAGGCCAGUAGCAGGUGACCUCAUGCUGUUUUGCAUGGGCCUUUCUAAGCACUGAGAUUUUGUUUCCUAGCUGAAUUUAAGAAAUAAACCUGCGGAGUGUCUGGUGCCUGA